AUGGGAGUGCCGCACCUGCCGCCGGGCCCAGGACGCACUCAGCCACCGCCCCAGCAGCCGCCAGGGCAAGCCCCUCCGGGACAGCAGCAGGCGCAGGGGCAAGGGCCGCCGGGAGCGCCAGGCGCGCCGGGAGCACCGGGCGCACCGGGAGCGCCAGGAGCUCCCGGAGCGCCGGGAACAGCAGCACCAGGGGCGGGGGGACCAGGCGGACCUGCCCCUCCCGGCGCUCCUUAUGGCGCUCGCCCUGGCGGGCCCCCGCUUCCCCCUGGCGCCCCCCCUCAGGGGCACUACGCCUCUCCCCAGCAGCAGUUCCGCCCGCCCUACCCAGGCGCCCCUCCGCCGCGCCCCUUCCCCCCGCUUCCCCCGAACGCUCCGCCCGGCCACCUUCCCCCGUACGGCGCGCAAGGGCACCCCCAACAGUACCCCGGGCAGCACCAGCCGCACCCGCAGUACCCCGGCGCCCCCGGCCAGCCCCCCCAAUACCCCGGCCAGCAGCAGCAGCAGCAGCAGCAGCAGCAGCAGCAGCAGCAGCAGCAGCAGCAGCAGCAGCAGCAGCAGCAGCAGCAGCAGCAGCAGCAGCAGCAGCCGUACCCGUCCUACCCCCCCAUGCCCGGUCACAUGCCCGCCCCCGGAUCCUACCCCCCCCAGCAGCACCCGCCCCAUCAGCAACCGCACUGGCAGGUGCCCGGCGCGCCUGCGCCAGGGGGAGCGCAGGGGGGGCCUGGCGCUGGAGGGGCGCAGGCAGCAGCGCAGGGCGCGCCUGGGGGGGCAGCCCCUGCUGCCACUACUGCUGGAGGGGUGCCCCUCCCCCAGAUGCCACCUCCCGCCACAGCAACACCCGCCCCCGCGGCCACGCAAGCCGCACCUGGGGGAGGCGCAGCUGCUGCCCCAGCGGGCGCUACGGGUACCGGGGGCGGAGCGGCGGCGGAGUGGCAGGAGUACACAACUCCGCAGGGGCGCAAGUAUUUCUUCAACAAGCGCACGCAGCAGUCCAGCUGGGAGAAACCCACUGACCUCAUGACUCCCAGCGAGCGUGCGGACGCCACAACAGUGUGGAAGGAGUUCACGACAGCGGAGGGGCGAAAGUACUUCUUCAACAAGAUCACCAAGCAGAGCACGUGGACCAUCCCCGCUGACCUCAAGCUGGUAGAUGUGCCAGAGUGGUGUUUCUGUGUGUGCCUCAUGAAGCUCACCAAGCAGAGCACGUGGACCAUCCCCGCUGACCUCAAGGCCGCACGGGAGAGGGCUGCCGCAGAACAAGCAGCAGCGGCAGGCACAGCCGCACCUCCCGCCGCCGCUGCCGCCGCCGCUGCCGCCGCCGCUGCCGCUGCCGCUGCCGCUGCUCCCGCUGCUGCCGCCCCCGCUGCUCUCCCCGCAGCACCCGUGACACCAGUAGCACCAGUCAUGCCAGGAGCACCCGGAGCAGCAGCAGCAAUGGCGAGUGUGGUGCCCCCCCUGCCAGGUGUCCCCCCACCCACCGCCGCACCAGGAGCUGUACCUCCUGCUGCCUACGUGUACACGCCUCCUCUCCCAGGGAUGGCGCCGUUGGUGCCAGGCGCAGGGCCGCUGGGUGCUUCCCCUGUGCCGCUUGCUGGUGUUCCUCUGCCUGCUGCCGCUGCUACCGCGCCUGGAAUGGCUGCCGUGACCCCGCCGCUUCCGCCUGCUGCGGCCACACAGGCACAGGUACAACCAGCUCAAGCUGCAGCAGAGGCCAAGGGAGCGCCAGGAGUGAGCAAGAUCAACAUCACGCCCAUCACGGAACCCAAGCCGCCUCCCGCCCCUGUGGGCGAGCCUGUCUAUGCUACCAAGCAGGAGGCCAAGGCGGCGUUUAAGGAGCUGCUGGAGGCGGUGGGGGUGACGUCAGAGGGCACGUGGGAUCAGGCGAUGAAGAAGAUCAUCAGUGACAAGCGAUACGGCGCUCUCAAGACGUUGGGGGAGAGGAAGCAGGCCUUCAAUGAGUACAUAACGCAGCGCAAGAAGCAGGAGGUGGAGGAGAAACGGCUGCGGCAGAAGAAGGUGCGCGAGGACUUCAUCGCCAUGCUGGACGAGUCCAAGGACCUCUCCUCCUCCAUGCGCUGGCAGAAAGCGGCGGCGCUGUUUGAGAAGGACCUGCGGUGCGUGGCGGUGGAGUCGGAGAGGGAGAGGGAGGAGCUCUUUGACGACUACCUCGUUGACCUCGUCAAGAAGGAGAAGGACCGAGUGAGGGAGGAGAGGAAGCGCAACAUGGCGGAGUUCAAGCACUACCUCGAGACGUGCGGCUAUGUCACCUCCGCCACGCACUACCGCAAGGUGCAGGACCGCCUGGAGGAGCAUGAGAGCUGCGCCAAGCUCGAUAAGAUCGACCGCCUUGAAGUCUUCCAGGAAUUCCUUCGUGAGCUGGAGAGGAGGGAGGAGGAGGAGAGGCAGCAGAAGAGGGAGCAACAGCGGCGCCAGGAGCGCAAGAACCGGGAUGGCUUCCGGCGGCUGAUGGACGAGCACAAGGCGGCGCUCACCCUCACUGCUCGCACUCGCUGGCGCGACUACGUCAACGUGGUGAAGGACGAGCCGGCGUACAUGGCAGUAGCAGCCAACCUGGGCGGGUCAACGCCCAAGGAGCUCUUUGAGGAUGUCAUUGACGACCUCGACAAGCAGUACAAGGAGGACAAGGACAAGAUCAAGGACCUCAUCAAGAAGAAGAAGGUGCGUUGUAGUAAUCAUGGGGCUUGUCUCGUUGUCCUCGAGGCUAGAGCACGUAAGGCCUCCACCCCACCCCACCUGUCCUCUGACAAGGAGGACAAGGACAAGAUCAAGGACCUCAUUAAGAAGAAGAAGCCAUUCAUCUAUCUUCCCCUACUGCCUUCUAACUCAUCCCCUAUUCGUGUGUCAAAAUCGUUGCACCCCCCAACAGUGAGCCCCCGACUUGCUUCCGCCCUGACCCUACCCCCCUCUCUCCGAUUUCUCGUGCCCUCCACCUCCCAAUCUUUCUCCUCCUUCCCCCCUCCCCUCCUUCCUUUCUCCUCCCCUCCUUCCUUUCUCCUCCCCUCCUUCCUUUCUCCUCCCCUCCUUCCUUUCUCCUCCCCUCCGCGAUUUCCCCCCCAGGUGGUGGUGACGUCAGCCACCACCUUCGAGGCGUUCAAGGCUGCUCUGGGCUACGCCCCUCCACCUCCCCCGCCGCCUCCCCUCGCUGCUGCUCCCGAUGCUGGUGCUGGCACGGCAGUAAAGGCGGAGGCGAAGGAGGAGGGGAAGGAGGGAGAUGUGGAGAUGAACGGAGUGAAAGAGGAGGGGGGCGUGAAGAAGGAAGACGGAAUUACGGAGGAGGGAGCAAAGGAGGGAGCGAAGGAGGGAGAGGGGGAGGCAGGGAAGGUGAAGGAGGAGCCUCAGGAGGAGGGCAAGGAGGGAGGAGAGGCGGGAGCUGCUGAGGACAACAAGACAACAGUCAAGCAGGAGGAGGGCGACAAGGCAGUGAAGCAGGAGGAGGGCGACAAGGCAGUGAAGCAGGAGGGCGCGGGCCCGGCGAAGAAAGAGGAGCAGGCGGAGGAGAGCAAGGAGGGCAAGGAGGAGGUGAAGCUGCCGCCACCGCCACCGCUGCCACCGAAAGCUGAUGAGUCGACUCCUAAGGUCGCCGAUAUGAGCCUCAAGUCACUCAUUCUCUCCUCGUCCUGCUUCUCCCCUCCCCUCCUUGGUUGUGCUGUGUGUGGUGUGCUGUGGCUAGUGUGGGAGGAUCUGGUGGAACGAGCAGUGGAGAGGGAGGAGAAGGAGGCUCGGCGCAAGAAGCGGCUGGCAGAGGACCUCGCGGACGCAUUGAGGGGCGUCAAGGGGCUCUCUGGGAGCAGCACGUGGGAGGAGGCGAAGCCACUCGUUCAGUCGCUGUCAGAAUACAAGUGCGUGGUUGUUACGUGCACUAGUACAGAGAAGGUGCAGGUAUGA